ACAGCGCUAGGUAGUUGGUAGAAAACCUACGUUAACCUGCCGUACAAUAUAACAGACGCUAUUUACAGUCAAACGACCUAGUUGACGUAAAGCUACCGCCAAGUGCACAACGUAAAAUGACUACCAUCAUAGUGACGAACCCACAGGUCGGCCCCGACCCAAUGACGAUCACCUGCCCAUCCUGCCAUGCUACGGUACGCACGAAAGUGAAGCACGAAUCGACGACAUCCACUCACGCCUGCGCCCUACUGCUUUGGAUCGUGUGUUGGCCCUGUUUAUGCUUACCGUACUGCUGCAAAUCGUGCCGAGACGCCAACCAUUACUGUCCAAGAUGCAACACAUUCAUCGGCUCGUACAAACAUUGAAGGACGAUCGAUGUUAGUGCAAGCAAAACCAUUGUGAGAAUGCGUCAGUGAAAAGUGAAAAUUGCAGCAUAAAUAACGUGGGGUUAGUUAUUUAAUUGCCUAGUUGUGUGAUUGUUUAACAAAGUUGUUUUUUUAAAACAAACAAAAUGUGCACAAUAAUGCAUUCAAAACGAAACUGCACCGGGGAAAUAUUACGUUAAGUUAGAAAAAAAUCUGAAUUUAUACAAAUAUACUUCAUUCACCUUAUGUGAUACACCGCAAAAUAAAUUGUUUUCAAUG